AUGGCGCAGGACAAGCCCAAGACGAUUAUCGCCUUUGACCUAUACGGCACUCUCCUGUCGACCGAAUCCAUCGCAAAGCAACUUGCAGAGCUCUACGGCGACGAAGAUGAAGCCAAGACCUUGGCGGCGCAGUGGCGGCGGUACCAGCUCGAGUACACAUGGCGUAUCAACAGCAUGGCGCUGAAGCACGCCAUCGCGGAAAGAAAGAAACCGACUCUCUCAAAGCAGGACGAGGACCGUCUGAUGGAAGCCUACAACGGUCUCCAGGCCUUCCCAGACAUUGAGCCGGCGAUGCGCAUUGUCGAAGGGGACAAGUCCAUCGACGCUUAUGUAUUUUCAAACGGAACGGAUGACAUGGUUGGCACAUCCAUUAGGACCUGCCCCGAAAUUACCCAACGCAAGAGUCGUCUCUUUGGCCCCGAGAAGUUGGUGACAGUUGAAGGGGCACGGUGCUUCAAGCCCGCUCCGGCGACGUACCGGCACUUUGCGGAGAAGGUGGGCAUGACCAGCAGAGAAGGCGAUAUUUGGCUGGUGAGUUCAAAUCCGUUUGAUGCACUUGGAGCGAGAGCGGCCGGGUGGCAGUCUGCGUGGAUCGACCGGGCCGGGGCGGGGUGGAUUGACGCACUGGGGAGCGUCAUUGACACCGAGCCGACGAUUGUUGCUGGAGGGGUUGAUGAAGCUCUACAGAGAAUUGCGGAGCUUGCAAAGUAG